UAAAAAAGUCUAUAAAGACUUUGAAAAAGAAAAAGGAGUCAAGCAGCCCAUAUGGUAAUACGGGGGGCUGCGUUCUGAUAAUACUGUACUGGUUCUGUCAAAAGACUGGAAAAAUCAACCCAAUAUCUGGAAGGGAGAACGAAGAUCAUGGGAUGAGAAAAUGGGACAUCCAGAAGCUGAUACAGAAUUGGACAAGUUUUAACAGCUUGAAAAAACUAGAGAAAAUCUUUGAAAACCUGAAGGAGGAUAGAGAGGAAUCAGAAUCCGAGGAAGAGGAGAAUAGAUCAGAUGAAGCAAAGACAGUUCCGGAAAGAGAGGAAAAAGGAACUGAUGAUCAGAAUUGUGAAAACAAAGAAGAUAACCUACAAGUUGAGGUGGCUGAACAGGAAACAACUUCAGAAAAAAACAAGUGGGAGAAAGAGCUUCAGAAAAAGGAGGAGGAGAUAAGAUAUAUCACUGUGGAGAAAGAUAAUUUGAAGACAAAACUGAACGAAAAGGAACAGGAACUCAGGAAAAUCACGGAGGAAAUGAUGAAUCUGGAGGAACGAAAUGCUACACUUGUGACCGACAAUUUCUGCCUUGCAUCAUCGGUGAAGGACUGCCGUGGCCUUCCACUUUGUACGUUGAGCCCAGAGAAAGAGGAGAAGACACCAGAGGAGAACAAAAAAGGAGAGUUAACAAUGCGCCUUACAGAGCAACAUUCUGGUGAAACUGUAUCAUCAAUGGGUCUCUACUCUUACGUUGUGAGAUUAAAGAAUAGGAGAAGAAUACAGAAAAAGGACAACAUUUACUGGUGGGGGGAUGUGAAAGCAAAACGAAAGAAGAAAGCAAAGGAGAUUGAAGAGAGAUUGAAAGAGGCUGAAAAGAAAGAAAAAGAAGAAAAAGAAAAGGAGAUGAAGGCCUCACUGCCAGAUGCUGAACGUAAAAGGCUAGAACAGAUGGUAGCACAACAGAAGUUGGACGAUGUACCAGAGGAUGUUCGGGAAGCAAUAAGACAGAUGGACGCUGCAGAAAAUGCACAAAUCAAUAAAGAGCAAGAAGAGAAGCAGCUACCUCCUGAGGUCGUAGACUGGGAGGAGAGCAAAGUAUACAAAUUUAUGGACCAGGACACCAAGAGGAGAGUCCAGAAAUACUGGCAAAAUGCACCAUCAGGAGUAUACUUCUGGGAUGGAAGACAGUAUGGAGCACAAGUUUCAAGACAGGAUUUAAAAGAUAUGAUCAUGGACGAACCGAUAGCAAGCAAUUGCAUCGAAUGUUAUGGAAUUCUCUUGACUGAUCAGCUGUUGGAGAAAGAAUCACAAGGCUUGGAUGUCCCAACUUUUAUGAAUCCCUUGUGCUGGAAUUCUGCAGAAAAUUUGACGGUGUAUUAUGUACAUCUGUACCUAUGCGAACCACUGUUCCAGAAUCUGGCAAGAUCCAACUAUAUAUUGUUCCCAAUCUCACAUGAAUCAGGAUUUCAUCAUACACUGCUCAUUUUUGACAAGGAAUUAAAGAACUGGUCCCACUGUGAUUCAAAAAGACCGAAAAAAUCAUCAACUGGAAAAUCCUUUAAAAAUGUACAAAAAAUGGUUGACAUGGUAGAACUUUGGAUGACAGCAGUAAAAGAACAAGCCGAUGACAUGCUGGAACAGGGAUGCAGAAUGAAAUUUGAUGAAAAGAACAGUUCAGAAGAAGAACUGAAAAUGAUGGAAGUUCCAUUGACUGAAACCGAGAGAGAAAGCAUAAAGUGGAUCAAGAAUAACUAUAAAACAAAAAUGGCAGUGACAGAACUCAAAGACAACCCUCAGCAAGGAGAAGAUUCAUUGGAUUGCGGACUUUUUGUAAUGUACACAAUGGAGAAAAUUUCGAAAAAAGGGAAAAUUCCAAAGAAGCUCACAAAGGAUGAUAUUUUGGAAGUUUAG